AUGGCCGGGAAUAUCGGCAUCUUCUGCCGCCCGCUUAGGCUAUGGCUGCAAGCUAAGCCUCCUGGCUGCGUCAGAGCUGAGGAGGUGGUCUCGAAGCUUAACCCGACCCAGCUGAGGGCGCCAGGCCUGAAUCUCGGAAGAGGGGCCCUCCCAAGUGGCGGGCCGGCAGCAUCUCGAGGCGCUCUGGCCUGUGAGGUCCCCAUGGCCCCCGGACCAAGGACCGACGAAACACGGAACCAGGGUGGGUCCCGGGACGGUAACGGCUCCGCCCAGGGGCUUAUCCAGGAGGAGACAAUGGACGACGGGGCUCGGCACCCUCUCCAGACUUCUCGGCACGGAAACCAGGAUGCUUCAACUGACACAGAUAUCCACCCGUGA